UGUUGUUGUUGUUGUUGUUUAUUUUUUUAUGCAACAUGGCGACAUUGAAAGAACGUUUCGUGGGCUCGCUCGGCGGUGACGCGCGUACGUGCUCGUCACACGCAGCGCUGCUGCUGCUGCUGUUGUUUUCAUUGAGGAUAGCUGCAUUCGAGUGCGUGUGCGUGUGCGUGUUCCACCGGGGUGGGUGCCAUUGCAUUAGUGACGUCAUCGCUGCGAGAUCAGCUGUUUUAUUUCAAUUCAAUCAACCCGACCAGGCAGACAUCUUUGUCCUGCUAAGACACUGAUGGUUAUUGAUUGAUGCCUUUCUAAAAUUAGCUCCUCUGACUCUUUUAGCUUAAGUGUGUGCGUGUGUGUGUGUGCGUGCGUGUGUGUGUGUGCUGUGACUUUAAAUUGACCUCAGCCAUCCCCGCCCCGAUGCCUCCUUAAAUAUGACAGCGUUAUUAAAACAAUAACAUUCAUCUUUCAAAUCAAACCGUCAACGUGCACAAACGCCAGCGGUCGACGUUUGGAAACCGUUCACGCGGAAUCUGAUUCUCUCUUGUAUUUAUUUACACAUCCGGGGACUUGGACGCUCAACACCCCCCCCGCCCCCCUCCUUCCUUCCUUCCUUCCUUCCUCGGUGCGUUCAAGUCACACGCGAAAUAACGACUCCGUACUCAGUUUUAGCCGCUCGGGAAAUGUACAAUAAAGCAUUGUUUUCACCACAGUGGGCACAUUAGCCACGCAAACGGAUGUAGCAUAACGCUAAUUCUAGCACAGUAGCCUUUUUAGACGUUUUUAUAAGUACAAACCUAUAGAAACACUUGUUAGCAUAGUAGCAUUUUUAGCCGUUUUCAGCAGUGUUAAUAUUGGCAGACACUGAGUGCUAUCAUGCUAGGUUUUGCAUGCUAACGUUAGCACUGUGUACAUUUUUAGCCGUUUUCAUCAGUGUUAAUAUUGGCAGACACUGCUAUCAUGCUAGGUUUUGAAUGCUAACAUUAGCACUGUUUACAUUUAUAGCCGUUUUCAUCAGCGUUAAUAUUGGCAGACACUGAGCGCUAUCAUGCUAGGUUUUACACGCUAACGUUAGCAUUGUUUACAUUUUUAGCCGUUUUCAUGUGUAGAAAUCAGUGCUAUUAGUGUUAGCAUUUUUUGGUAUUCUCAUAAGUAUGAACAUAUGCAGACACCUAGCUCUACGAUACUAGAUUGUUAGCAUGCUAGCUGAAUAAUACUAGGUUUUGCACGCUAACGUUAGCAUUGUUUACAUUUUUAGCCGUUUUCAUCAGUGUUAAUAUUGGCAGACACUGAGUGCUACCAUGCUAGGUUUGGCAUGGUAACAUUAGCAUUGUUUACAUUAUUAGCCACUUUCAUCAGUGUUACUAUUGGCAGACACUGAGUGCUAUCAUGCUAGGUUUUGCAUGCUAACAUUAGCAUUGUUUACAUUUUUAGCCGUUUUCAUCAGUGUUAAUAUUGGCAGACACUGAGUGCUAUCAUGCUAGGUUUUGCAUGCUAAUGGUAACAUUGUUUACAUUAUUUGCCAUUUUCAUGUGUAGAAGCACAGUGCUAUUAGCGUGUUAGUGUUAGCAUUUUUUGGUAUUCUCAUAAGUGUGAACAUACGCAGACACCUAGCUCUACGAUACUAGAUUGUUAGCAUGCUAGCCAAGCUAGCCAAAUAAUGCUAUGAUGUGGGGAAUUAUACUUUUUAAAGAAAAAAUAAAAUAACAUUUAACAAACUUAGUAACACUUGUUAGCAUAGUAGCAUUUUUAGCCGUUUUCAUCAGUGUUAAUAUUGUCAGACACUGAGUGCUAUCAUGCUAGGUUUGGCAUGCUAACAUUAGCAUUUUUUACAUUAUUAGCCACUUUCAUCAGUGUUACUAUUGGCAGACACUGAGUGCUAUCAUGCUAGGUUUUGCACGCUAACGUUAGCACUGUUUACAUUUUUAGCCGUUUUCAUCAGUGUUAACAUUGGCAGACACUGAGUGCUAUCAUGCUAGGUUUUGCAUGCUAACGUUAGCAUUGUUUACAUUAUUUGCCAUUUUCAUGUGUAGAAACACAGUGCUAUUAGCGUGUUAGUGUUAGCAUUUUUUGUAUUCUCAUAAGUAUGAACAUACGCAGACACCUAGCUCCACGAUACUAGAUUGUUAGCAUGCUAGCCGAAUAAUGCUAUGAUGUGAAGAAUGAUACUUUUUAAAGAAAAACAUAAAAUAAAAUUCCGACUUGUCUUGCGGUGGUUGCGCAUCAUUAGUUGACAUCAGUCGUACAAAAAGUGUUUUAAACUGACGUGGUGUGAUUAAAUCAGCGAGGAAACGUUGUAUUUAUAUUUAAAAGUCCGUGAUGCAAACAAAAUGUCAGCAAGGUAACGUUUUGGGACGAAAAAAAAACAACUUUUCCAUGUUCCCAGCUUUCUCGCGGUAACCUGAAGGCAGCGUCGCUGUCCAUUGGCCGGCGCUGCCGUCAAUCAGCGCCAGCAGCAGCGCCCUCCCGCGUGCGGUGACGUUUCCGUGCCAAAGCAGGCGGGCCAGUGCGAGACGCACACAAAAGACACAACAAAAGCUCGCGUGGAGGGGGUGGGGGGGGGGAACAAAAUGCGAGCCGUCAGCUGCCGAAGGCUUCGUCAGUGACACGCGAACGCACGCAUGGGCCAGAACCGGACUCGAACGCGCUGACGUCGCUGCCAAGAAGAAGAAGAAGAAGACGAGGAAGAAGAAGGAGGAUUGUUAGUGAUCUCUUCAGGCUGUCGUCCUUCCAUCUUAACACUGUUCAGGUGUGACUUUUCUCCCGUGGCGUCCGUGUGGAGCUGCCACACGCCCACUCCACUACAACGACGGCUUUUGCUUGCAUCUUCCAGUGUUUCUUCUGUCAGCAAGUCCAGCAGAGCUGCAACGCGUCCGGCGCCGGGCCCGACAGCGCCAGCGAGGAGCCCCGCCCCACGGACAUGGUGAAGAUGACCAAGUCCAAGACCUUCCAGGCCUACCUGCCCAGCUGCCACCGCACCUACAGCUGCAUCCACUGCCGGGCUCACCUGGCCAACCACGACGAGCUCAUCUCCAAGUCAUUUCAAGGCAGCCAAGGCAGAGCCUAUCUCUUUAAUUCCGUGGUGAACGUGGGCUGCGGGCCGGCGGAGGAGCGGGUUCUCCUCACAGGCUUGCACGCCGUGGCCGACAUCUACUGUGAAAACUGUAAAACCACGCUGGGCUGGAAAUACGAGCACGCCUUCGAGAGCAGUCAGAAGUACAAGGAGGGGAAGUUCAUCAUCGAGCUGGCUCACAUGAUCAAGGACAACGGAUGGGAAUGACGACCUUGGAGCGCCGAGCUCCGCCCCCGGAGCCCCCGCCCCCCUCCUCCACCUUCCUGCUCCCACGAGCCCCGCCCAUUCACUCCACUCCACAUCACGUGCACGCUCUUCACGGAGGAGUCUGACACAUACGAUGGCGGAGGCGGAGCUUCUGGGUUUGACUCCGCCCCCCUACCCCACCCACUUCCCCCCCAAUGGAUGUAUAGCGUCAUAACGACCGGCGUCCUCAAGGAGAGGGACUGGACGCGUUUUCUUUACUGGACGACUUUUUACAUUAGCGGCGGUGGGCUAGCCGGCUAAACGGUUAGCGCUAGCUUCUUUUUUUUGUUGUUGUUUGCUUGACGCGUCUUUUCUUUUGCUAGCGUCCAAAUGCGUGGAAGUGGGCGGGGCCAGCCGUCUUUUAUGGAGAUAAUGUAGCAGCAUCCAAGCGGAAAAUGAUUUUAUUUGCGAUGUGUCGGGUUUUUUUUUUUUGUCUUUGGUGUGAGAUUUCUUCCGCCCGCCCCCCUGGCCCCCCGCCCCAGUUUGUCAUAUGGAUAUAUACACAGAGAUAUAAGAGUAGUAGCAGUGUUUGAUGCCGGUGUGGCUGGUUCCAUUUAGCAGCAUCCUGGGUAAGAAAAGGUAUGAUUGCAGGCCCAUAAAAGACUAUGAUUGCAGGCCCAUAAAGAGGUUAGUACAACAUACAAAUAUUUAUCUCUUUGCCGACGCGCACGUGCCGCCGUAUGCAUGUCAAUUAGCACGCGCGCGACAGCAGACGCCCGUUUUUGCACUUUGCAGAGGCUGCUGGUUGCCAAGGGCGGCCGCCCAGCCCCCGACUUACAAAAAAAAAAGAGCUUUAUCAUCUUUACUUUUAUUCCGAGUCUUUUAGGCUAGAAUUGGCAUCCGUUGUGCAGUGCAUAACUCCGCCCCUCCGUGAAAUAAAGCGGCUCGUCCACCUCAGCUCGGGGGCCAGAGGCAGCCGCCCAGCCCCCAAACAUUAAUAUUAGUAUUUUUAUUUGCUUCAUCAUACUUGUCUGCGACUUUUGGCCCCCAAGCGGCAGUGGUAAGGCUCAUGCCUCUCUGGUUGGAGGUCAAAGGUGGCCGCCCAGCCCCCAACAUUAAAAAAAAAAUGCCGGUUAUUGUCGCCGCAUUAUUUCUGAUUUUUCGUUUUUUGUCGAUGUCUCUUUGGUGUCUGUUGUGCAGCGCAUAACUUUGCCCCUUCAUGAAAUAACGAGGCUCGUCCACCCAGAGGCAGCCGCCCAGCCCCUAACAUUAAAAAAAUGCUAGUCAUUGUCACUUUCAUCGUUUUUCGUCGAUGUCUCUUUGGUGUCUGUUGUGCACCGCAUAACUUUGCCGCUUCAUGAAAUAACAAGGCUUGGAGCCCAGAGGCGGCCGCCCAGCCCCCGAUGUAAAAAAAAAAAUGCUGGUCAUUAUCGCUUUAUUUUUACUACUUUAAUCGUUUUUCCAAACGUGAGUUUUGGCCUCCAAGCGGCGUCCGUUGUGCUCGGCUUAACAAGGCCCCUCCACCCCAUCUUGGAGGCCAAAGGCGGCCGCCCAGCCCCCCGACGUUAAAAACUGCCGGUCAUUGUCUUCUUUCACUGCACUUUAUCAUCGCGUCUUAUUUGUUACUGAGCUUUAUCACGUUCGCGUAUUUUGGCCUCCAAGUUGCGUACCUCUUUUUGGCGUCCGGCGCAUAACUCCGCCCCCUCCAUCCAUGAACUAAUCAAGGCUCCCCGAGAGGCGGGGCGAGAGAGUGAUGGAUGACUUUGCCGGUCAAGGUCAGUCCGCUCACGCCACGAUUUGAUUCUACUUGAACGCCAAACCCGACGUUAGCUUCUGUUUCGACGUUAGCUUCUGUUUCGACGUUAGCUUCUGUUUCGACGUUAGCGUGCGUCCUCUUGGAGGUUUUUUUUUAACGUGUAUUUCUACCCGUACAUCCCCAACUUGAAGCACUUUUGUUGUGCGUGUGUGCGUGUGUGUGCGAUCACACACAGGAAGUGAAUGUUUGGCAUGUCACCUGUUAGCUUAGCCGCUUAGCUUGUUCAUUUCGCGCGAGCUAAGACAUCACAGGCGAGCUGGAAUCUGCUGUGUGUCACCAGGGGGGGGGGUGGGGCCGAGAGUCAGCAGCUCCUCUAUUGACCCCCCCCCCAUUCUCCGGCAGCCAUAUUGGAAGUCCUUUAGCUUUUGUGGCUCACUUGAUUGUAUUUCCGGUCUCAACUUUCUCUGCUGGUUUUGACUGAAAGUUUGCUUGUUUGUUGAUUGUAUUUUAUUCCUGUUAAUUUAUUAGCAUCUUGGCCUUAGCGCAAUCAGGGCUCCUCCCUUUUUUAAAAGGUAAACACACGCUGGGUUUUUUUUUUUUUUUUUUUUUACCUCUCAUCCACAAAAAAAAAAAAAAAAAAUCACGGGACACAAAGUGUUUGUUUUGUUCACCUCGGCGUCCCGGAGCCGCAGCUUUCCUACCGGAAACGUCACAACCCGACUUCUUCGUCUUCUCGUGGACGUUAGUGGAUGUUGUUUCCCGCGUACAUCCACGCCGAAAAAACACGCGCCCGAGAGAGAGGCGCCCCCGCAAGGCAUGCUGGGAGUUUGGUCCCCGCCUCCAUCGGACACCGAAAAAAAAAAUGAAGGCAUCGUUUUAUCCAAUACCAAAAUCCAAAAACAUGACGCCUUUAGUGUGGAAUGUUUCCCAGCUGACAACUUGUUUACUUUGGUGAUGUCAUGUGACUGGCGAGCAGGGGACUGUUACUACAGCAUGUUGUAUUUAUAUAAUGGCUAUUAUUAUUAUUAUUAUUAUUAUUAUUAUUACUAUUAUUAUUUGUGCCUGUCUGAUUUCUUUUCUCCUUGGGAUAUGUUACGAUGAUGCUUUUUCUUUGGCUUUGCAUUCUGCCUCAGUAGUAUCAUGUCACGCGUAUCUUUUUCACUCAUGUCAGCUGUCUGAUAUCACAAUAAAUUUUCAAUGCCA